AUGUGCACCAGUGUCAGCGGUGGCGGGACAGACGCGUAUGGUGCUACUACUACCACCAAUAUAACAAACGGCACAGGACAGCUGCUUCCACUCCCACUUCUACUCUUGCUCUUGCGCACAGCAGCGAUGCGCCGGCCACUGACGAAGCCUGAUGACAAGGUGAAUCACAGCAUCAAGCCCACCAACGCCAUCAAUUCCAUUAAGAAUGAAGAGAAGAAACGUCUCAAUCAUAUACGCGACGGGGAUGUCCAAGAAGUGGAGGGGGAGGCCGAUGUGACAAUGGCCACAACUACAAAUACGAAUGCUAACUCCGAUAACAAUCCUAAUGGCAACAUAGAUAGCAGCAAUACUGCUGCGGGUUCGCCUACGGCUGUCUCAGUCGCUGUUGCGUCGUGA